AUGCUUGGAAGCAGAAAGGAAAGGUUCGCCUCUAUUUUUAAAAGAGUCAAAGGGAUGAUUGAAAAAGGGGCUCUAGAUUAUGAAGACCGCCCAUUGUGGUACGAUGUAUACAAAGCAUUUCCUCCACGUAUUGAUCCUUCGUAUGAUCAACCAUGUCCUACUACCACAGUGCAGAAUAUUAUCUAUCCAGAAGAUUGUGAAAGAGCAGCUUUUUUCAAAGGUCAUCACAGGCUCGAAACAUUAAACAUGUUCAAACUAGUGGACAAUCGUUCGACACUGUCUAAGAGUUGA